UCACUUGUCGCGUCAUUGUCUUUGGUCCUGGAUGUUCCUCGUUCACACAUGAAAACAACAUAGUUAAGUUAAUAAACAAUAUGUACAAAAGAAGGCAGAUUACUGUAAUUCUCUGUAAAAAUGGAAGAUAGAGAGAGAGAAGUGAAGUACAGCAGUCAGCUGUGGCUUGUUGCAGCUUUCGUUCGAACAUGUUGAGAGGGGCUGUUAGUUUGAGCGAGUUCCAAUCAUUUGCAGCGGCAAAAUGAAAGGAGUUUUCACCAAACACAGUGCGGACUUCUGGAAUACUGAGCCGAAUGAAGUCACUGGAUCUUAAAUAGCGAUAGCUGUCGGAAAUGUGCAGAAGAUUUGAGAGGUAGCGAGGUGUCGUUCCCAAAAUGGAUUUGUAGCCCACGAGCAGCCAAUCCACCAGUCUGUAAGGAUCACAGUGGUGGGUGGUGAAGGGUGCACUUGUGGAAAAUCACAGAUUGCUGAGUGGUGGAGUGUGUCCAGUUUUCUGAGCGUGGUCUUUGAUGCCAUUUAAUAAAUGAUAGUGAAAUGGAGGAUGAGGGUGAAUUUGGCAGAGUAUGUGAGGAAGGCCUUGUUUUGAUACAGGAAAUCCAGUCUGGCUUUGACUUUAGCCAGAAGGAUUUUGAUGUGUAUGUUAAAUGAGAUGGAUGAAAACAACGUUUGCGGAGACGCACAUGUGCGCCGGCUCGUUUCCCCAUCCGGCACUUACCUGCGUGCGUAAAGGUGAGCGCACCUUACCCCAAAAUGUCCAGUGAUUCCGACUAGUCCGUAGAAAAGUCGAAAGGAAGUCCGCGGGAGAUGUUUCCCGUCUGAUAAAGAGUUUCUUUUUCUGGUGUGAGAGCUCCGGGAAUCGUAGCAGAACACAGAGUUUAAAACAAAAAUAACUCAAAAAAAUGCACACCAACGCACCGAGGCAUUCAUCCGCAGCGCCAUGUUGUUCUCUAAUGUUUUUACAAUCAAAUGGUAGAUGAUUAGUUUAGGAAAUCACAAAUGAAACAACAUACUUGUGACUUUAUAAUACAUAUUCUAAAGUGUUACAUUCAAUAGGAAUAAUGGGAUGAGAGCCAUAAAUCGAGCAGUGCAGUACAGUUAGACACAUUGUUGCUUUUACCAAUCUAUACCAUGACCAUACUCUUCCUUCAACCUCUCCAAAUCUGUGAGGUAAUCAUUUACCGAUGAUAGAAUCCUGCACGCAGCCUUUUAUCAACCUUAACAUUGACAUAGUAUGUGUGUGUGUGUGUGUGCGUGUUUUCACUGUGAAGUGCAUUCCGCUAAAAUAUCUGCCGUUACGUUCUUCUCCAAGUCGACGGGAUCUGAGUGGAGCGGCCAGCAGCUUCGAUCGAGGACUGAUGCCAGGACGCCCGUAUCACUCUCUGAGGACGUGCAGAACAUCGACAACACGGAUGCACACUUUCACCCGUUGACCCUAAAGAGGACCAUCGUGCCCCCUAACGUGCCUGCAGCGCGGCGAACCCCCGUUCCUGGAUAUACAGGCAAGGCUGCUCACGCUAACUCUGCUGCUGAGGCUGCAGUCUCUGUCCCCGCUGUCUCCAGUCCUGCAGGCUCCUCCGGUCCCGCCUUUGGACGUGCGGCGCCCUUGUCUCGAAUGGUGACCACCGUGACCCCCUGCAACCCUUUCCUGAGACCCGCACUUCCUGUCACACGGGAGCAGGCGAGGGGACAGCAGACAAAGCAGAGGAGAAAGUUUUGAAGGUGCCAGCUUCCCUUUUUAUGCCAUCCAAUCUGUUUGUAUGAAUACGCUUAUAAUGAUGUGAUGUCAGCGGCUGAUUCGCAGUGAGUUGGAGAAUAAUGAGAUGCCCCAUUAUCAUAAUUUCCCUGAUUUAGAUGAGUGGUUUUCUAACUCCGGGUAGUGAGCUCUCACAUUGUCCUCUUAAACAUUUGCUCUCUCACUGACUCGCUCACUAACUCAUUGUGUGUGUGUGUGUGUGUGUGUGUGUGUGUGUGUGUGUGUGUGUGUGUGUGUGUGUGUGUGUGUGUGUGUGUUUAUAUCAACCCAGACACUUUGUGUUGCAUGAAGGGAAAUGAGAGGGACCAAACAGAAAAUAUUGAGGAAAGUAAGGAUUUUAUGCACUAAUGUUAUAUAUUUAUGAACAGCAUAUUUAAAAAAAACACUGACAGGUAUAAGAGGUCCAUUAUAAGUCCCGUUUUGGUAUCAACCAAAGCUGAUUUGGUCUGAAAGUAUGUAUUAAAUACAGUCUGCAGUUCACAUCAUUUGAGCUGUUGGUUUUUCUCACGAUGGGACUCCCAUGUAAAUGCAAUAGCUUCAUGUCUGUGGUUUGUGCAGCUUUACGCUUCGGCAGGAAAUCGGGAUGAGCAGGUUAUCCUGUUUCUCUUCAUCUAUAUUUUGUUUAGAUUUACAUCGCACGAGUUUGGUGAUAUUGUCAGGGGUUAAGAUUGUGUGAUCACCGAUGCUUUGCGUUUCAAAUCCACACUUAAAUGAUUUUAUAUUUCUUCAAUGAUUAAGUAUUUCACAUCCAUUCAGGUCUGGGGAGCCACAAGAGACAGAAUAAAAUAAAAGGUAAAAGCAGCAGAGGUUGAAAUACGCUGAAUCUAAAUUGUCUUGAGUAUGGUCCAGGCUCCAAAAGUUUUAAUUCGUACAUUCCCCCAUAAUUAAGCGCUAUAGCAUAUUUUAUUAGACAUCCCCAGGGUUAAUUUUUUGACCAAAUAAAUCAAUUGUUAUGCAUUGAAAAAAUAAAUUUCAAUUAAUACAUAACAUUGAAUGUAUAGCUGUGUGUAAAAAGGUGACUUUAAAAAUGAAAAUUCCGACAAAUACCAUGAGAUAGCAAUUUGAAUAUUGCUUUUAGCAGUUUUUCCUUUGUUAAGAUGAAUUAACUAUCCAUCAGCGGCUCGCUGAGUGACGACAUGCAGCGGCACUCCUGUGGUUCGGUUCCCCAUCUUCCACCUCUGGACAAACCGGUGACUCCCAGGGCAACGUUAAGUAUGCAUAUUAACAUACAAUAACUUUAUAUUUAAUAAGUUACCGGGAGUCCCAUUUCCCCCUUUUAAGCAGCCGCUAACUGCCUCCCGAGCCUCCUGGACCGGGACGUUGCAGAACUAAUAUCAACCCUCCAUCAAAGUCAAAGUAACGGAGCGUCACUGGGUUCAAUAACUGUAACGUGGCGACUGGAGUUUUCUAAUUGAAAGCCUUUAUUGGCUGCAACCCUUUACUGAAAAGGGGGAUCACAUUAUUGUAACACUUUCUAGCAAUGUGUUACUGUAAAUCAUGGAUCACUCUUCCUUUUGGCCCGACAUGAGGAGACAGCUCAGUUGGUGAGUGACAUUUAGUAACCACCGACUAACGUGGUGGACAACCUGGGCUUUGGAAGCCAGCGUUCAGUCACAGCCACUUUGUUAUGUGACGAAGAGAUGGUUGGUCAACUGGUGGUUUUUUUCCCAGAUAGGAACCCAUUUGGUAGCACUUAACGUUACAGCUCAGAUAAUGUGAUAUUUGGAUAUAUAUUUGGUAAUAAUUAUUAUAAUAAUAAUGCCAUGUAAGUUCCUCACACAUAACCAGAUAAUUACUUUGUAUAAACAAUGGGCAAUAUUGGACUGACCUUCAUACACAAAGGAUAGAAAGGCCAAACACGUUUAAAGAUUCCCACAAGGUAAAAUUAUUAUAUUUUUGUGACAAUAAAGUUAACGCAUCAGUUCAAGGUAAGAUAGUAAUAUGGUGAAUUAAUUGGUUAUAAUGGCUCUUUAUUGAGGUAUUCUGCGAUGAUGUGUUCACAAUAUUAUGUUAUAGUCAAAUUAAUUUUCUAAACGUUCCCUUUUGUUUCAAGGAAAUCCUUUGAAAAUGUAUUUAAUGCUCUACCUUGUUACCCGGAAAGAAGCUUUGUCUCUGUGUGAUAAAAUGUUAUGCAUUGUUUUACAUUUCAAAACUGUUGUUGAAUUGUACCUUGGAAUUGUCUGUAUUUAAAACCAAUAAAAUGGCGCAAAACUCCUCUA